CGGCGCUUGUUUCCUCAGCAACCGGGCGAAGCAGCUGCUGAGUGGAAGGCGCCUGAGAAGGAAAACCUGGUUGUUUGUCAGUGACACUCUACCUGGUUGGUUGGUGUGUGAAGCUCUCUGCUGCUUCUGUAUCUCCCACCUCUGGUCUGCACCAACAACAGUCAUCAGGGAAGAUGAGCCGAGCAUAUGACUCAAUGGAGCCGAAAGUGCUGGACGAUGACAUGCUCAAGAUAGCUGUUGGGGAGCAAGGCCCCCAGGAGGAAGCUGGACAGCUGGCCAAACAGGAAGGCAUCCUCUUCAAAGAUGUCCUGUCCCUGCAGCUGGACUUUCAGAACAUCCUCCGCAUAGACAACCUCUGGCAGUUUGAGAGCCUGAAGAAGUUGCAGCUGAACAACAACAUUAUCGAGAGGAUCGAGGGCCUGGAGAACCUCACACACCUGCUCUGGCUGGAUCUGUCCUUCAACAACAUUGAGGCCAUUGAAGGGCUGGACACCCUGGUCAACCUGGAGGACCUGAGCUUGUCCAACAACCGGAUCUCCAAGAUUGACUCUCUGGAUGCCCUGGUAAAGUUGCAGGUGCUGUCGCUGAGCAACAACCAGAUCAGCAACAUGAUGAAUAUCAUCUACCUGCGGCGCUUCACGUGCCUGAGGACAGUCAGCCUCUCCGGGAACCCUGUCGCUGAGGCGGAAGACUACAACAUGUUCAUCUAUGCCUACCUUCCUGACCUCGUGUACCUGGACUUCCGGCGAAUUGAUGAGCAAGCGAAGGAGAUGGCGAAGAUAAAGCACCAGUACAGCAUUGACGAACUGAAGCACCGGGAGGCCCAGAUGCAGGCCCGCCAGGAGGCAGAGCAGGCCCAGCGGGAGAAGCUAGUGGAACACAAGAUGGCAUUCAUUGAGCACCUGGAUGGCUCCUACCUGUUUGAUAGCCUGUAUGCUGAGGACGCAGAAGGCAGCAAAUUGUCCUGCCUGCCCGGCGUUGGUGAGCUCCUGGAGGUCUAUAAGGACAAAUUUGUCAUCAUCUGCCUGAACAUUUUCACAUAUGGCCUGAAGCAGCAGGAAAAGCGGCAGCUGGAGGUGAACACCUUCAAUGAAUGCGUGCAGGAGGCCAUCAGAGAGAACCAGGAACAGGGCAAACUCAAGGUGUCCAAGUUUGAGGAGAAGCACCUGAUGCACCUGAACGCCAUCCGAGAAGAGACUGACCUAGCCACCAUUGAGAGGAAGCUACUAGAGUGCAGUGAUAACAUCAGCGAGCUGUUCAAUGUGCUCAUGACGCUGGAGAUGCAGCUGGUGGAGCAGCUAGAGGAGACUAUAAACAUGUUUGAAAGGAAUAUCACUGACAUGGUGGGACUCUUUAUCGAAAAUGUCCAAGGCCUGAUGUCUCAGUGCCGGGAUUUGGAGAACCACCACCACGAGAAGCUCCUGGAGAUUGCCAUCAACACCCUGGAGAAGAUCCUCAAGGGCGAGAUGGACGAGGAACUGCCUGAUGACGUGCGGGUGCUUUUUGUUGACAAAGACACAAUUGUUAAUGCCGUUGGGGCAUCUCACGACAUCCACCUCCUGAAGAUUGACAACCGAGAAGACGAGCUGAUGACUGGGAUCAACUCUUGGUGUACACAGAUAAUAGACACGGUUCACAAGGAUGAGAUCACAAGGAACCGCAAGCGAGUGAAGGAGAUCAAUCAGUAUGUGGACCACAUGCAGACUGAGCUGGACAACCUGGAGUGUGGAGACAUAGACUAGGUGUGUGUCAGCCCGAGGGUUCCCUUAGAGUUACGGGAACUCCUUGGCCCACACCUCCCCCAACACAAUUUGCCCCACCCCUGGAAAAAAAGAAAAUUAAAGGCCUUGUGUUACUUUU